AUGCUAAAAGUGUGUUGGAACGGCGAUCGUAGCCAACCGCCAAUGCCAAUCCAUCUUUACAAGGCUACGCUAGAAAUUAAAUGUCAUGAUAACGAAUUUUUGUUAAGUUGUGAUGCCAUUGUGAAUCAGAUAGAAACAGCACUUAUAGGUGAAUUGAAAGAAGCAAGCCUGCAAGCUACCGAAAAAUUGCAAAAACUUUGUAGUAAGAAGCCUCUCAACAUAACGUCAGGGGAUUUUUCGAAGAGAGCGAAUAUUAGUCAAGAGUGCUGUCCCGAGGAGAAACCCCUAGAAAAUGAGUGUUAUAUAGACAAUGAGAAACCAGGGCAGUCAUUAUCGUGGAAGAUCCCACUCAUGGAGCGGAUCACUGACAUACUAGGUAUAUUGGAUACUGCAGCUAAUGCAGGAGAGAAUGUGGCACAAGCGUUAACGAUGUUGAUGGUCAUUCGGCAAUGCAUCAAGAAAGGAGAUAAGGAUUCUUACGAUGAUGUGUCGGCUAAAAUGAAAAAGCUAGACAAGAUGGUGGCAGAACUGGAGAAGGCUUCAUUAAGAAGACUGCAAGAAAUAGAUCAGCCUUCAUCUUCGCGAUCGAACAAUUCUGUUGCUCAGACUCCACCUGCAUCUGCUGGCAGGAAAAGAGGUCGACCUAGAAGUAUGAAGACUCGAGAUAGCGAGGAGUAUGCACAGAAAAGGAAGAGUAUGCCUGCUGUCGUCAACGCUGAGUCAAAUAUUGUGCCAGAUAAUGCAGACGAUGAUCUAGUGUCACGGGUGAAACGAGGGCAGAGAAACAGGCGACCUGCUAGGACUUUCACUCCUGCAUGGGAGAUAUCAUCUCCUUCACCUCCACCCAAGACAAAAGCAGCAACUAAAGCUGUAUCUGAGCAAGAA